AUGCUUUCCAAAAGUUCCCUGCGCCGCAGCAUCGCCGUCGCACCUGUUCGAUCCCUCACUACCUCGAUCGCUUCGAGGCCGGUCCGCCAGCUCUCGUCUGCAGCUGCAUUCAGUCCGAUCAGUCAGCGCCGAUGGGCGUCGAGCGCCGCGGCGGUGGCGGAGGAGCCUGCGGAGGCUGCGGCUGCGCCGGUCUGGCCUGAGCGGAUCUUACCUGUCAUGUCGGAGCAGGAUACGAAGCGAUUGAAAAGGCAGCGGAACGUUGGAAUAUCCGCACAUAUCGAUUCGGGAAAGACGACUCUUACUGAAAGAGUCUUGUACUAUACCGGACGAGUCAGAGACAUUCACGAGGUACGAGGACGGGAUGGAGUAGGAGCAAAGAUGGACUCGAUGGAGUUGGAGAGGGAGAAGGGGAUUACCAUCCAGUCCGCAGCGACGUUCUGCGACUGGGUGGCACCAGCCCCGGCGACCGAGGUACCGCAAGGUGCCGAGGUAGCGACGGAGAAGGAGAGCUUUGCUAUCAAUAUCAUUGACACACCUGGACACGUAGACUUCACAAUCGAGGUGGAAAGAGCUCUGCGAGUGCUGGAUGGAGCCGUUCUUGUGCUGUGUGCUGUCAGCGGUGUGCAGAGUCAAACAAUAACGGUCGACCGACAGAUGCGGCGGUAUAACGUUCCUAGACUUGCCUUCAUCAACAAGAUGGACCGAGCAGGGGCCAACCCUUUCCGCGUGAUCGGUCAACUGCGCUCGAAGCUUCGCAUGAACGCCGCGGCGGUCCAGGUGCCAAUAGGAAGCGAGAGCGAUCUGGAUGGUGUGGUGGACCUAGUCAGGAUGAAAGCCAUCUACAAUCGAGGAGUGAAGGGAAUUGAGAUCAUCGAGUCCGACGAGAUACCCGAGAAGGUCCGAGCUCUCGCCGAGGAGAAGCGAGCAGAACUUAUCGAGGACCUCUCGGAGGCCGACGACACUCUCUGCGACCUCUUCCUGGACGAACAACCCAUCUCAAACCUCGACAUCGCUCAAGCCCUUCGUCGAGCUACCACUUCUCUACGCUUCACGCCUGUAUUUGUCGGAUCAGCCAUCAAGAACACCGGUGUUCAGGCCCUUCUGGACGGUGUUUGCGCAUACCUCCCCGACCCCUCUGAGGUGCACAACCAGGCGCUGGACGCCAAGCUUCCCGCGGCAGCACCGGCCGUACCUCUUGUCCCUGCAAAGGAUGCUCCGCUGGUCGGACUGGCGUUCAAGUUGGAGGAAGGACGAUACGGCCAGUUGACCUAUAUGAGGGUGUACCAGGGAGAGCUGAAGCGGGGAAGUCUGAUUUUCAACGCCAGGACAGGCAAGAAGGUCAAGGUGCCCCGGCUGGUACGGAUGCACAGUGACGAGAUGGAGGACGUCGAGACCAUCGGAGCUGGGGAGAUUUGCGCCAUGUUCGGCGUAGAAUGUUCGUCAGGUGACACCUUUACCGACGGGUCUACCUCCUUCUCCAUGACCUCCAUGUUUGUCCCAGAACCCGUCAUCUCGCUUUCCAUCCGCCCCGAAGGGAACGAAUCUCCCAACUUUGGUCGUGCACUCAACCGAUUCCAAAAGGAAGAUCCUACUUUCCGGGUACAUGUAGAUUCUGAGUCACAAGAGACCAUCAUUUCCGGAAUGGGCGAAUUGCAUCUCGACAUCUACGUCGAGCGGAUGAAGCGAGAAUACAACGUCGCUUGCAUUACCGGAAAACCCCGAGUCGCCUUCCGGGAGACAAUCACCCAGCUCGCCAAGUUCGACUACACGCACAAGAAGCAGUCGGGUGGAUCUGGGCAAUUCGGGAAGGUCAAGGGGUACCUGGAGCCGAUGGAGAUGGAUGCGGAUACCGGCAAGGACGUGUCUUUCGAGAACAGGGUGGUCGGAGGCAACAUCCCAACGCAGUAUAUUCCGGCUAUCGAAAAGGGAUUCCAGGAAGCUCUCGACCGCGGACAGCUCACCGGCCACAGCAUCAAUGGCUGCCGCUUUGUCCUUGAGGACGGUGCCGCCCACGUCAACGACUCCAACGAACUCGCUUUCCGUCUUGCCGCCCUCGGCGCUUUCCGCGAGGCUUUCGCCAAGGCUGCCCCGGUCGUCUUGGAGCCUGUCAUGACGGUCGAAAUCGUCGCGCCUAUCGAGUUCCAGGGGAACGUCAUUGGCGCAAUCAACCAACGGAAGGGGACGAUCAUCGACACGGAGAUCAGGGAUGACGAGUUUACGUUGAUUGCCGAGGUGUCGCUGAAUGACAUGUUUGGGUACUCGAGUCACCUGAGAGGGAUGACGCAGGGCAAGGGCGAGUUUUCGAUGGAGUACAAAAAUCACGCGCCGGUCAUGCCGAAUAUCCAGCGGGAGAUGUCGGAUGCGUAUCGCAAGAAGCAACUCGACCGGAACUAG